GGUCAGAGGUAAAUGACCCGGAUGUUGAUUCGUGAGGCGUGGAUCUGAAUUGAGCACGCGGCUGCUGCUGUUGCUUCAGGAAUGGAUGCUUUUGAGCUGUUUCGGAAACUUGGAGCCGGAGCCAAAUUCGACUUGAAGAGAUUUGGUCAAGAUGCCGCAAGGUUUAAGGUUACCAGGUCCCAGGAAGGGGAAGCUGUCGCGGACCCGCUCUCUUUGAUCGACUAUUAUGGCACAGGAGCAGCCAAUGGAGCCCAGAUCUGCUCCCAGAGAGCGAAGGAUGAAGUAAAGGAUGAAGACGAAAGUGAGAGCGGGGAUUCUGAAUCAGGGCUUAAAAGAAAGAUUAAAGAAGCGAGAGUCGGGAACCCGAAGAAGAAAAAGAGGAAAAGCAACCAAGUGGAUUUGAAAACUGACGACAGAUUGCCGAAACAGACACAGGAAAGCAGCCUGAUUUGGACCUCUUCAUCAGACCGACAGAUCCAAAACCUGCAGAGUGAUGGAAAAGAGAAAAUCCCGUUGAAAAGGCUAAAGCAUCUUCAUCAGGAAAAGGUGAAUCGUAUUCGCUCUCGAUACCGUAUAAACGUGCACGGCACCGACGUCCCUGAUCCUGCUUGCACGUUUGAUGAGCUCCAGUCGGAGUACAGCCUCAAUCCGCGCAUCCUUCAUAACCUCAAAGAAGCAGGGCUGAACUCGCCAACACCAAUACAGAUGCAGGCGAUACCACUUAUGCUGCAUGGUCGAGAGCUCCUGGCCUGUGCUCCCACAGGAUCUGGAAAGACUUUGGCAUUUUGUCUACCUCUGCUUGCCCACCUGAAGCAGCCAGCCAAUCUGGGCUUCAGAGCUGUGAUCAUCUCCCCAACCAGGGAACUGGCCAGCCAGACCUACAGGGAGCUGCUCCGCCUGUCAGAGGGAGUUGGGUUUAGAGUUCACAUCAUAGACAAAGCUUCCCUGGCUGCCAAGAAAUACGGGCCACAGUCAAACAAAAAAUAUGAUAUACUUGUAAGUACUCCAAACAGACUCAUCUUCCUCCUCAAACAGGACCCUCCAGCUAUCAACCUCAGCGGUGUGGAGUGGCUGGUUGUCGAUGAGUCUGAUAAACUCUUUGAAGAUGGAAAAACAGGCUUUAGGGAGCAGCUGGCCACUAUUUUCCUCGCAUGCACUGGUGCAAAGGUGCGCAGAGCUUUCUUUAGUGCCACAUGCACACAGGAAGUAGAGCAGUGGUGCCGCCUGAACCUCGACAACCUGGUUUCGGUCAACAUUGGACACAGAAAUACAGCUGUGGAGACGGUGGAACAGGAGCUGCUGUUUGUGGGGACGGAGAAUGGAAAGCUUGUGGCCAUGAGGGAUAUCGUCAAAAAAGGCUUCCUGCCGCCCAUGCUCGUGUUUGUUCAAUCUAUAGAGCGAGCACGAGAGCUCUUCCAUGAGUUGGUGUACGAAGGCAUCAAUGUAGAAGUGAUCCAUGCCGAGCGCACGCAGCAGCAGAGGGACAAUGUGGUGAACAGCUUUCGCUCCGGUAAGAUUUGGGUCUUGAUCUGCACGGCUCUGCUCGCCAGAGGAAUUGACUUCAAAGGAGUGAACCUUGUGCUGAACUACGACUUCCCCACCAGUGCUGUAGAGUACAUCCACCGGAUUGGUCGCACUGGUAGAGCUGGACAUCAAGGAAAGGCCAUCACUUUCUUCACAGAGAAUGAUAAACCACUAUUGCGCAGCAUUGCAAAUGUUAUAAAACAAGCUGGCUGCCCUGUUCCUGACUACAUGGUUGGCUUAAAGAAGAUACACAGCAAAGUAAGGCGGAGACUUGAGAAGAAACCUCCGAAGAGAAACACAAUUUGCACAACUCCUCGCUUCUUAAUGAAGAAAAAAGGCAAAGCACAGAAUAAAGAACAACAGAAGGGCUCAAGUGGAGAGCAAAAGGGAGAAAAUGGACCACCAGCACAACACAAAGGAGAAAAGAGAACAAAAGAACAUGGACUGAGGAAAAAAAAUGCAGCACAAAGAGGAGGGGGGAAAGAGAAACACAAGAAGGCUACACCGAAAUUGGAAUCAAGUUAAAACAGCAAUGAAGGUGGACUUGUACAUGAACUUUAAAACACUGUGCUAACAAAGCUGUGGCAUCAAGGAGAUGUGGAGGUUGUCCGCGGUCUAAGGUCAUUUAAUCUGGUUUCACCAAAUCUCCAUUUUGCAAAGUGCUAUCAGAGUUAUUGGAAGUUAUGUGUUUAUAUGAAUAAAUAUAAGUCCUAAUUAA